GUGACACUGACACUGUUGAUUGACAUUGACAUUUUAACAGCUAACCAAUAUCAAUAUCUUACGAUAGCAGCGAUUUAUCAAUAAAUAUUGAAUUAAAAGAAAUUUAAACAUUAUCGACAAUGAUAUUUAAUAAGAACAAAUAAGGGUGCAAAUCUUGCAAGAUGUAUUCCCCUCGCCAGAAAAUUUUAUGGUUUGCGUUCAGCACCAGGAUUUUUUUAAUUAUCUUACAAGCAAUAUCAAAUUUUAUUAUACCAGACCAUGACGCCAAUGUUUUUAUAAGCCCUGAAGAUCCGAACUUGCGUAAAACGCACGCCGACCUGGUCGUGGAUAAAUUAUUAGGAGGAAUGAAGAGAUGGGAUGCUCAGUACUUUAUACACAUUGCCCAGUAUGGAUAUACAUAUGAAAAUUGUUUAGCCUUCUUUCCAUUGUUCCCUUUAGCAGUAAGAUAUGUUGCCUAUGGGCUUAACAGUCUAUUUGGAACAUUCCUCAACUUCCAUAGCACUUUGUUGAUAUCUGCAACUGUUUUAAAUGUUGUUUUAUUUGUUAAAUCGGCUGAUAUAUUACACAGACUAAGUUUAAGAAUAUUGAGAAGUGAAUGCAGAGCAUACAAGUCUGUGAUUUUGUAUUGUGUGAACCCAGCAAGCAUAUUCUUUUCAGCUCCAUACUCUGAGUCACUGUUUGCAUGGAUGUCAUUUUACACCAUGUUUAAGUGUACUGAAUGUGAGACUUUAAGAUUUGCUAAUAUUGAUAUACUUAGUGGGCUGCCAGCAGGAUUUUCAAUGAUCACUCGAUCCAAUGGCUCUGUUAAUUUAGGGUUCAUAUUGUAUGCAAGUUUUAAAAAUGUUGUAGAAAGAACUUUACCUGAAAUCAUGUACAAAUAUAGAACAUUAAAACAUAAGUUAAUAUUGCCAUUCUUGCUGUUGCCAUUGUUUACAACAUUUGUGUCAUUAUUUUUAACUGUGGUCAUAGCAUUAUUGCCAUUUCUUUUGGUUCAGACUUAUAACUACAUUAAGUAUUGCAUCCACAGUGAUCACAAUUUGCCUGAGUUUUUAUCAAAUACAGAAUAUGUAUUGCCAGGUAGUGCUGAAAGUCCAUGGUGUAAUAGUAGCUUGCCAUUGUCAUACUCUUAUAUACAGAGUCAUUAUUGGGAUGUUGGUUUCUUCAAGUAUUAUAAAUUGAAACAAAUUCCUAACUUUAUCCUUGCUGCACCUAUUAUUUUUAUAGUUCUGUAUAAUUGUUGCUCUUAUAUUAUGUGCAACAUUAGGAUAUGUUUUAGACUUGGAUUGAGAAUUGGUGUUAUUGGAUAUUCAAAUAAGAUGUGUUAUAGGCCAAAGCAAUAUCCUAAAUAUUUUGGGAUCAAUGAGCCUGCAAUAUUUGUAUAUGUAGUCCAUAUGUUAUUUUUGUGUAUAUUCUGCAUUAUAUUUGUACACAUUCAAGUGUCAACCAGACUCUUAGCAUCAGCUAGUCCAAUUUUGUACUGGAUAUGUUCAGGCAAAAUGAAUGUUGGUCCUACACCAACAUCAGAUCAGAAUACUAUAAAUGAACAUUUUCGACGUAUUGGGAUAGGAAAGCGAAUUCCACCUCACCAUUUAUCUAUAGCUAAUUUGGAGGGAGUAGACAAUAUGUACAGUAAGUGGAAAACUUUCAUUAUCUCCAGAAGGAUGCCAGACUUCCAAUCACGAAUGAUACAAUAUUAUUUUAUUGGAUACUAUUUUAUAGGUACAAUUUUGUUCUCAAAUUUUUAUCCUUGGACUUAAAUAUUUUUAUUAUUACUCUGGACAUAUCAUUUACGUAUCAGCUACAGACUGAUAUUUUAAUCCAAAUAAUUUAACUACAUAUCAUUUGUGAUAUAUAAAAAACAUUUACAUUCAAUUAUGACAACAAUCUUUCAUAAAAUGUACUAGUUCAAAAAUAUAUUUACUAAGUAAUACUGCCUUAUCAUGCAACAUCCUAGUGUGUGAGAUCUUUUAGCAAAUUAAUAUUUAUAGUAAAUAGAUGAAAAUUAUAUUAACAACAUUCUUAAUUAGAUAAGCCCUUAGUGGUCAAAGGAUGUUAAGGUUUUUAUGCUUGAAAUGGGGCCUUUCAAUGUUAACAAUAUUAAAAUAAUAAGCUACAUGUCAUUUAAUAAAAAUCGCUUUUAUGAAAUAAUUAUAAGGAGUAAGGUUUUCGUACAAGUUGACUGUUACUUAAUCUAGUCAUUUAUUUAUAGUUAGAAACAAAAGUAAACACAGCAAGUAAAUACUAAGCUAAUCAAUUUUCAAGAAAAUUGUCCUAAUAAAAUUGUACCCACAUAUUGACAAACUCUGAGUAAUUUAAAAGAUUAACAUGCACUAAUAAAAAAUAAUUGACACCCUGAAGAGCUUGCUGUGUAUUACUUUAUAUGUACUUAUAAGUUUAUUUGCGAACUCUACGCGUAAUUAUGAAUGAUCGAGAUUAUGCUUAUAGGUGGUUAGAGAGGCCAACAUUCCAUAAUUCCAUGGCACUUGCGGCUUGCAAUAAAAUCAAUAAUCCGGAAGUUCGCAUUAGGUAUUUAUUUAAGUAUCUAUCAGUGUAGUUAUAUCUAUCACGAGACUAGUCUAGGAUACCAAAUAAUAGAUCAAUUGAUCUUAAAUUAAAAUGGAAUUGACUUUGAACACGAAUUAGCUUUAUUAAUAUUCAUUAUUAGCUUUGAUAAGACGUAGCGUGGGACCACCGAAUGAGACCGAAUUAGAUAAUACCGGUGACCCAGCAAAUUCGUAAAGGUUUUAUUAACAAGUCCUAUUAGAUGUAGGUAUGUUCUAAUGUAGGGAUUAGUUUUUUUAAAGGCACGUUAGCUUCUCAGACAUGAUGUAGAGCAACCGUCCAUUUUGAAAUAGCCAUCACUAAUUAUUGUCCUACCUACCUUGUUUCCUGAUUUCGAGUUCAUCAGUUUCUUUAUAUUAAGGAACAAAGUAGAGUAACAAGCUACAAACUUUCCAGAAUAUUUAUAAAUAAAUAUAAUGUAGUUUUUAUAAUUAAUUUGCACAAAAUAAAUAAUUUAAAUUGUCGUGGUAUAAAACAAUAUUUGUAACGUGAUAAACUAAAACAAUAAGAUAAAAUUAGCUUUCGCUAGAAAUGGGACUUGUAAUGCUUUAAGCUCAAACAUUUAAAAGUUUUUACAGUAUAUAUCCACAUAUUGAAAGGUUUAAUAAAUGUUAUGAGUAGAUACACCUUAAUACCAUCUUAGUUCUCUAAAGAGAAAUAACUGCAAGCUCCUAAAUAUAAAAACUAGUAAGGUUGUUAAAAAAUAUCGCAAUUUGAGUCGUGAAUUUCAGCUGUGGUUCAGUUGGCAUCAUAAGCAAUAUUAGCAACAAAAAA